UCUCUCUCUUUAUUCGGAAUCGCACAGAGACAAGCAUCGCCCACCCUCGCUUUCUCUCUCUCUCUCCAAUUCAGAAUCCUUCUUCGAUACCGAACCUAUAAAAGGCCUCAUCCUUCGAAAGGCUUCUCCCUCUUCGGAUCCCGCCCGCCCCCGUCUUCCUCCUCCUUCUCCUGCCUCGCUGAGGAUCCGUCGGCUCUUGGGUCCCCCGAAAAAUCGGUUCUUGAUUUCGUGCAACCGCGGUCCUGCUGGAAUUCUCGAUCGUUCGAGCGCCUUUCGAUCGCGUUCCGUUGAUUCGGACCCGACCCAUAUCCCGGAUCGGCAGCAGGUCGAGUGAUCUCGACGAAUUAGCAACUGGGUCGAUUCGAUUUUUGGCCCCCCCCACCCAACUCGUCCUGAUCGGGGUAGACUGACUGGGAGGGUGUCGAUUUUGAGAUUUUACGACUAGGGUUAAGAGGGGGCUGUGCUGAAUUCGUGGGUUCCUCGUUUGGUUGGCGCGUGAGAGGCUCUUGGGGAGAGAGAGAGAGAGAGAGGAGUUGGAAUUUUGUGUGAUGGCGGAGCAAGUAGAGGGGCUUGAAGGGAGCCAACCGGUGGAUCUCACCAAGCAUCCCUCUGGCAUCGUGCCCACCCUCCAGAACAUAGUCUCGACUGUCAAUCUGGAUUGCAAGUUGGAUCUUAAAGCUAUUGCCCUGCAAGCUCGGAAUGCUGAAUAUAACCCAAAGCGUUUUGCUGCAGUCAUCAUGAGGAUCAGGGAACCUAAAACGACAGCUUUAAUUUUUGCUUCCGGAAAGAUGGUUUGCACUGGGGCCAAAAGUGAACAAAAUUCAAAGUUGGCAGCAAGAAAGUAUGCAAGGAUUAUCCAAAAGCUUGGGUUUCCUGCCACAUUUAAGGACUUUAAGAUUCAGAACAUUGUUGCCUCUUGUGAUGUGAAAUUUCCAAUCAGACUUGAAGGUCUUGCAUACUCUCACGGUGCCUUUUCAAGCUAUGAGCCCGAACUCUUCCCUGGUCUAAUAUAUCGCAUGAAACAACCCAAGAUAGUGCUCUUAAUUUUUGUUUCCGGGAAGAUUGUACUUACUGGGGCAAAGGUGAGGGAUGAGAUUUACACCGCCUUUGAAAACAUAUACCCCGUCCUCACUGAGUUCAGGAAGGUCCAACAAUGAAAUUCUUGGGGCAAAAUGUAUUUCCAUCUGCUAGUAGUUUCAAGUGUAAAUACUUGAAGAGAAGAGGAGCAAAGAUGGUCCAUCUUUGAAAGGAUUGACUUGAAAACUUGGAAGUCUUUUGGGGUCUCUGCAGGUCGAACCAUGGUUGCACCACCGGGCAUUCUCCAAAAAUUUUGUUGUAAUUAGUUACCUAUGGUUGAGAGGCAUGUGCGAAAUGGAAAGACGUUUGAUGGUUAUCCUUUCGUGCAUGAUUUUGGUUUGAGGUGUUAUGUAUAUGGAGUAGACCUCAAGUUUUCUGAAUUUGUGAAAUUUAGUUGGACUCAAUGCGCCAUGAUACACUCUGGAUUUACUUGUACUAUUGAAGAAGAAAAGGGAAAGAAGCAAAAUUUGAUUUCUGUGGUA